AACAUCCCUCACAUUGAAGCGAAGAAUUCUGGACCAACUUUAUCGAACAUUUUGGAGCAUAUGCAACAAAUAACCUUCUCCCAUUUACGAUCUGUAUUUCCUAGUGGUGGCCACUCUUUUAUUGUGGAUGUAGAUGACGAGCUGGAAGUCGACGGAAUAGAUGUUGGCGGGGAUAUCACAGAGACAAUAGGAUCUUUUCAACAUGGCGACGAUGCCAGCAAAGACGUGACAAACAAACAUAAAGCUUACCUAAGAUCUCCUGAAACGGAAUCGCUUGAAGAUUCAAUUCACAACAUUCAAAGUAGUAACACAGAAGAGCACUCACACCUGCAAACAAUUAAAACCCUAAUAAACCAUCUUGUAGAUGGUGAAGCUAAUGAAGGAACCCGAAUACGAUUCAACAGGACAAGAACAAAAGGUGAAGGUAUUUCCGAGCAACUGACAAAAGAAAAAUUAGCGGCGCCAUAUGUAGAAGAGGAAAAACCAGAACGGCCGGAAUUCUUUCGACAUUAUUCUAAUGAUGUUACCGAUAGCUCAAACACGCCUUUGAUUGCGGGUGGUAAAGGGUCUAAUGAUAAUAAUGAUGUUAGCGGUGAUCAAGAGUCCACUAAUGUGACCCCUGCUAAACGCCAUCUCCGUGAAAAGAUUAAAAAGGCUAUGGCUUUGUCGGCUGUCAAUAAAGUUUUUGGUGCUGUUGGAGGCAGACAGCACUUGAGAAAUGAUAAUGCGUGUAUGAAUCCUAUUUUCCCGAGUCCACUUGCCGUUCCUUUCUUCCGGUUUAAACGAGAUUCUAAAGGGCGUAGGGCGCCACCAAUUCUGUUGAGCAUGCUAAAGCUUGCUAUCACCGACUCCGAAUACGAUCCAUCUUCAUAUUUAAACUUCCGAAACACAUUUCGCAUAGAACUAGAAUACGGUGAUGCCAAAUGGGUAAUAAAAAGAACCGGCCUCGACUUUUCCGAACUCGCUCUAAAACUAAUAAAAUUGCGUGGUGAUGUACUCGAACUCCCGACAUUUCCUAUUAACAUCGCGAACUGGUUUCUGGCGAAAAUCUUGCCAGGGCGUCCGGAAAAUCGACAUAGACGUCAAUCCGAAGCGGCGCUUGAACGACGCAAGGAAUUGGAGAAAUAUUUGUUAGCGUUGUUGAAAGCAUUGAAUUAUCAUGUGUGUUAUGAUUUGUAUGAGUUCUUGGAGUUAAGCGUUAUUUCGAUUACGAAGGACAUGGGAUGGAAGGGGAAAGAAGGUUAUAUGAAGAACAAGGUGCAAAGAUUUAGGACGCCGAUUUGUUCGUUUAGUAAUACGAGUGAACGGUGGGAGAGGGAAUGGGUUAUUGUCCGUGAUUCAUACAUUGCAUUCUGUAGUAGCAUUGACUCACCAACGCCCGCUGACGUCUUCCUCCUUGAUCCCACAUUCAAAUACGAAAAAGUCACCACAAAUAUGUUCAAAUUACACAAACACGUUAGACUAGAAAAUUACGCGCGACGAAUCGAAAUAAAAGCUGAUUCGCGCACCCUUGCUGAGUUCACUGAAAGUAUCAAUCGUCUAAGGGUUGCGUCUCCAUGGUUGAAACAACACCAGUACGAUUCGUAUGCACCUAUACGCGAAAACGCCAAAGUUAAGUGGUAUGUCGAUGGAAAGGAUUAUUUUUACGCAGUUUCGGAGGCGAUCUUGGCUGCUAAAUCGGAGAUUUAUAUCGAGGAUUGGUGGCUUAGUCCUGAAUUGUAUUUACGUCGUCCAGCGGCACAGAAUGAAGAUUUUCGAUUAGACAGGCUGCUCAAAAAAAAGGCAGAAGAAGGCGUAAUGAUUUAUAUUGUAGUAUAUAAAGAAGUUUCUCUAGCAUUCUACAUGGAUUCAUAUCACACAAAAUUUUCUUUGAAAAGUUUGCAUCCGAAUAUUAAAGUUCAAAGACAUCCAGAUCAUGGACCUGAAGGGAUAAUGUUUUGGGCUCAUCAUGAGAAAAUGGUGGUAGUCGAUUGCCGAAUAGCUUUUAUAGGCGGCUUAGACUUAUGUUUUGGACGAUACGAUACACACACUCACCAAUUGGCUGACCAUCAUCCAGAUAAAAACUUUCAUAUAUGGCCUGGUCAAGAUUAUUCGAAUCCCCGAAUCAAAGAUUUUGAUAAAGUCGCCGAAUGGGCACGAAUUUUGGUGGAUAAGUCUAAAGUUCCGCGUAUGCCGUGGCAUGAUGUUUCUGUAGGAAUGGUUGGAACACCAGCGCGAGAUGUUGCGCGACACUUUGUCCAAAGAUGGAACUUUAUUAAGGAUGAAAAAGCGUCUGGACGUGAAGAUUUACCGUUUCUUACACCCAAAGGAGAAUUUGUUAGUACACGUGACGAGAGUAGGUUUAAAGGUACUUGUAAUGUACAACUUUUACGAAGCAGCGCUGAUUGGAGCAGUGGGAUUAAGUUGGAGUUAUCCAUUUACAAUGCUUAUAUAGACUUGAUAAGAAAGUCGAAACAUUUUAUUUAUAUUGAGAAUCAGUUCUUUGUUACUUCCACUGGAGAGUCUUCUAAUAAUCCUAUACAAAAUAUUAUCGGACAGGAAAUCGUUACUCGUAUAACAAAAGCCUAUGCAAAAGGUGAAAAAUUCAGAGUCAUCGUGGUUAUGCCUUUGUUGCCUGCUUUUGAAGCAGAUUUAGCUUCUAAAGAUGCUGGUACUAUACGAAUGGUAAUGCACUGGCAAUAUGUGUCAAUUUGCCGUGGUGGACAUUCUAUUCUAGAUAAACUUAAAGCAUUAAACAUAAAUCCCGAAGACUAUAUUUCGUUCUUCGCGUUAAGAAGCUAUGAUAAAAUUAGGAAUUUUCCUACCGAAGUUGACAACAACAAGAGACAAUCUAGUGAUUCCAACUCUCAAAAAGAAGCAUCCCUAAAACAAAAAGGCAAAGAGAUUGAAGAAAACGAAGGUUCAUCAAGCUCGUUUUUUGGAAACCAAGAUAUUUUCGCAUGUGAUUCCAUUGCUGCGAGAGCUUUAGAGGUAUUGUCCACAGAGAACACGUCGAAUCACCAACAACAAACGAAGAAAGAUUCAAAUUCAGUUCAGAAAGAAGAUUCGUUCUCGGAUGAACAAGCAUAUGGACACGAAAAAUUUGAAGGAGUUGAGCCGCCAUGGGCUUCGGGACAUCAAGAUGUUAAUAAAGGUUAUGUGACCGAGGAAUUAUAUAUUCAUACUAAAGUGAUGAUUGUUGAUGAUCGUUAUGUUAUAUGUGGGUCUGCAAAUUUGAAUGAUAGAUCACAGCUUGGUAAUCGUGAUUCAGAAGUUGCAAUUUGGGUUGAAGAUACAUUAACGGUCUCAACUCGAAUGAAUGGAGAAAAUUAUCAAGCAUCAAAAUUCGCCUACACCUUACGCUGCUCCUUAUUUAAAGAGCACCUCGGUCUAAUCCCACCACAAGAUCAUCACACAGUCACAAAAAGCUCAUUACCACCCAUCAAUCCCAAAGAUCUGUAUAAUUUCCACACAAGAGAACAUUCAACGACAGAUGUGAUCGAUGAGUCUUCAGGUAGCAAGUCUUCAAAGCAUCCCACAAAAGAAGAUUUGAUAGUGAUGGAUCCAUUGUCUGAUGAAUUCUAUGAUUACUGGGUAAAAACUGCUCGCACUAAUACAGAAGCUUUUCGUGCAGUGUUUCGAUGUGUUCCUGAUGACAAUGUAACUGAUUGGACAGAAUACAAAAACUUUGUUCCUGAUGGAACCAAAGUUCCGACGGGACACGUUGCCAACGCGCUACAAUCUCCUGAGGAGAUACAACAGAAAUUGGAUAAAAUUCGUGGACAUUUGGUUGAGUUCCCAUUACAUUUCUUGGAAAAAGAGAAUUUGAUGGGAAGUGUGAUUUCUAAUGCGGUUACACCUGCUGAAAUUUUUAUAUGA